CACUGAUACCGUUAGUCAGUAAAGUCAAGAAACACUUGGCAUGGCACUAGGUCACCUUUCUUUAGUCUUAGCAGCUUAAGCGGCUGGUCAACAAUAAAUGCGUUUUGCGCAAGUGACCGCGCGCACGAUCCGUUUCGAAUCUUUAUUUUUUUCUAAGUGUUGUGUUAGUGAUAACAUUUUUUUAAAAAUUAAAGUGAGCAAGCUAGAAAAUGAAAUACAUGAGGCUUAUUUUACUUAUAACCAUAUUUGGCGGCAUUUUCCGGCAUGGCCGAUCCACCUGUGUAUUGGAAUCAGAUUUUGGAUUCAUACUGAACUGUGCUUUUAAGAAAAGUGGACUUUUUCGAGUUAGAAAUCUUGGUGGUUUAAAAGCUCACAUUGGCCUGGGUUUCAGUGUUGGUGAUGAGCUGGGAUUUAAAGAAUCCUUAUCAAAUACUGAUAUGACUAAUCGGCGUAGAUCAACGCAAGUAUCGAAGAUGCAGGCGCAACUCAUUCAGGCCACUCAGAAGCAACAUGACCAGAAAAAAGGAAAACUUGUUUCCACAGAUAAGUCUAUUUCCAGUAGAUCUGUAACUCAACUACCAGAGCAAUUAGCAUCAAUGCAAGUGAUAUCACCAAGCACAUCUGGUACAGCCAGACAAUCUAGUGAAGGGGAAAUUCCAGCGUUUAAACCGAUACCUCCAGCAGCUGAAAGAGCAUCAUUAACAAAAUCUUCUCCGGGUUCAGUUGGUUCCUCUAAAGUUCCUGUAGAUCCUUCUGUAGCAAAAGUAAUGGCUGUAGUUGCUGUUCCUAAAAGAAAAACUUCUAGCAUGGCCAGUGGCUUCUCUGAUAGACUAAUAUCUGUAGGUAAUAAUGAUGCUGAUCAAUCUGUUGUUUCUCAACACUCUUCUAACUCUUUACAAACGCUGCUAUCUACAAAUAACGUAACUGAAGAAGCUCUGGAAAUAGCAUUAUUACAUACACAGCAAAUGAUUAAAAAAUUAAAAACUACAACAAGCACUACAACGACAACCAGAAAACCAGUUACGUCAAGAUAUGGUACGAGUCUUGGAAAAGUAAUGAAUGCACCCAAAGAAUACUAUCCAGUGGGAUAUGAUAAGAACUUCGAUGAUAACUUUGCAGCUAGAGUAGAACUACCUGAAACUUCAUUUUAUUGUGAGCAUCAAAAACAUUUUCCGGGCUUAUAUGCUGACGAGGACCUUGGAUGUAUGGUAUUUCAUGUCUGUGCUCUAACCGACGAGGGCCUUAUUAUGAAAAGUUUCCUUUGUCCGGAAUCAACUCUAUACGACCAAGCAAUUCUUAAAUGCAACUGGUGGUUUUACGUUGAUUGCAAAAAUUCUAGAAAACUUUAUGAUUCAAAUAUACCAAUAUCGAAAAGCUACCAGCUUAUGAAAGCUUUAACAUUUUUCUCAGCUUAUAAAAAAGAGUCAGGAUCAACGACAAAAGCGCCAACUUUGAAAAUUAGUGAAGACUGAGUGAUUCAUAUUAUAUUGUAUUAGUUUAAUUACCUACCUACUAAAAAUGUGUCGAUAUGUAUUUUUAGAUAAUUAUAAAUAAUUUUAUUAUUUAAAAAAAUAAUAAUGGUCUAGUCAUAGUGGUACUUCUGGGUAGAUAUUUCUUUAAUGUUUUUAUUUAUUUUAUAUUGUAUUUUUUUAUGGUUGAACAAAUAAUUUAAUAUUUAGGAUAAUAAUACCUUGUGCCUUCAGUACAUAAGAAAGAAUCUGCUACAAUAUAUUUCCACACAAUUUGGAAAUUUAUAAAAAUUACAGAUAAAUACAUGGUAUCUAACAAAUAUUUUUUUUACCUAUAUAUUUCAAAAAAUCAUCCGCAAUA